AUGUGCGAAAGGUGAGUGACCCCAUGGUCACCAACUCUCUGACUCGCCAUAAUACCCGAUGGCACCAUAAAAGUUUAUGGCGUAGUAAUGGUAGUGAUGUACCCAGUGUCAUGAAAGAAGGGUGGAGAUGGUGGCCGUGUCUAUUUAAAGAAGGACAGGUUGUCACUCAGUACCUUACUCUUCCCUGCUUGCCUUGGAACUAACUGCUUUUCGUUCUCCUCUCCUCUACCCAUCAGCUCUCUGUACACCAUGGCCUUCGCUGGAAAGUGGGAAACCGAGUCCCAGGAAGGAUACGAUGAAUUCUGCAAGCUCCUUGGUAAGACAUUUAUUCAAGUUUAAUAACCACCUGUAUAAAGUAAUAGCCUACAGAAACUAUGAAAACCCUUAGUCUUUGUCUUGACAUCUUGAAUUCAAUUGGUUUAUGCAAUGUAUUGAAAGGGAUGUAUUCACAUCACUGCACAUUCAUUGGGGAUUAGCAGUAUCAGUAUAGAAAACCGACGGUGCUCCAACUGUGCUCAGACAUAUGAGAAUAGGAUUCAAAAUUACCCCUAGUCUAACUACAUAUUUUCUUGUAAUCCAAGGCAUUCCUGAUGACAUCAUUGAGAAGGGUCGCGACUACAAGCUCAUUACUGAGGUGGUGCAGAACGGCAAUGAGUUCUCAUGGUCCCAGCUCUAUCCCACCAACAAGACCAUCAGCAACAAGUUUGUUAUUGACCAGGAAUGUGACAUGGAGACUAUCGGAGGGAAAAAGUUCAAGGUAAGAAUCUGUAUGAUGUCUCAUACAACUUUCAGUCAAAGUUUAGAUCAGGGGGGGGGGGGGGGUUAUGCUGGUGUCUGUUGUGUAAGCUUCUUCAGACAAAAGUCACUAGAGUAAAAAAUUAUCUAUGUCGAGGGGAACUUGGAUGCAUGUAUUAUAAGACAUCUAGAUGAAACAAACUGAGAUUGUUGAUUGAAUAAAUUCUAGCAUGAAUAAAAGCAUUUUUGUGUCCAUCCAUUUCAGGCCACAGUUACAAUGGAGGGGGGCAAGCUGAGCACAAAGUUCCCUAACUACCACCACACAUCUGAAAUCAGCGGAGGAAAGCUGAUUGAGGUAAGUAAAAGUGGCACUUAUGGCAGAAGAAGGUGUAUAUUAGAGGGGAGAAGAAAAAAUACAUUUAGGCAGUUCAAGUAAUGUUGUAUGUGUUUUCCCCCUGUUUAGACCUCAAUCGCGGGCUCAGUCGUGCUGAAAAGAACCAGCAAGAAGAUCUAAAGACAUUGUAACUGUGAUAUUAGCAAAAAAACUCAAACUGAAUAAUUAGUAAAUAAAGUAAGACUGCACAGCCAACCUGCUGCUUUAGUCUUUGUGUCUCUCCUAUGCUUGAUGACA